AUGUCCUUCAGCCCGCUCGUCGGCGCCCAGCGGGCAGCCGCUGAUCCCACGAGCCCAUCUCCACUUCUCGGCGCCACUAUCCCCCCUUUCGACACCAAAAUUUCGACGAUUGUAGCCCCGCAAUCCCUCUACGAGAUCUCAGCGAAUGAAGAGGAGAGCGAAGUCGAGGCGGAGAAUCAGAAAAGCAGCGAGAGGACAGGAUUGAGCUUCUAA